GCCCUCUACACAACGUCUACACACGCAGAUUCUUCAAGUUUUACGCCCCCAUUUGAAUUUGCUACUCACCUGCAAAUAUCUUCCUCACAACACUUGUUCCUAUAACUAAAAUCAUGAAAUUCUUCGCCGUCGCUAGCUUUUGCUUGCUUAUCAUAGGAGCUACCACCGUCAACGCUGCAACAGAUGCAGAGAAAGCUUGUGGGUUCACGAAGAAGGUGGGCACACCGUGUGUGCUAAAGCUUGAUGGCGGCCAUACUCUUACUGGAACAUGUCAAAAGAAAUCUGGUAUCAAAGUCUUCCGCCACCGCACAUGUGUACCAAACAGUGGCGCGACAUCCACUGGGGCAGAUAGCACAUCCUCAUCGGGUGCUGCAACCUCACCAUCGACUUCAUCAGACACAACGUCGUCAAGUGGUGAUGCCACGGCUGCUGGUGCCGCUGGGAAUUCAGCUAACGGAACCGCAAGUCCCUAAUGUUGUCGCGCAAGAUAUCGAUAGGACUACAGCCUGAAUUUUGUUUCCCACUUGCGCCGCUUCAAGAACGGGGCAAAGAAGGAGGAGCGUACUUUGAAUGAGAGAAAUUUGGCGUAUGCGUACAUGUUGUUGAUUAGAUCAGUCAGGCAAUGUCGAUUUUUGCUUUGAAAGAAGAGGGGAUCAAAAAGGUUCCUUUGGCGGACGUUCAUGCAUCGGCCUGUUCUAGCCUGUUCUCAUUCUUAUUAGGCACAAUGUCAUCAUACAGGCUCAUGGUAAGUAGGAGGCUGUGGGAUUGAAAAAGGCCGUGCAGAGGGAUGGGAAUCCAA